AUCAAUUCUUACCAACUCUAUGAAAACAAAAGAAACAAUAUAAUACAUCUAAGUUAUAUCGCGCAGCCUAAAGGUUUUUUAUUUCACCUCAGCUGCCAUCGAUGAACCCACACGAUCGUACCGUUGACUGGUGGUUUAUAUAUCUAAUCUAACGGUCUACAAUCAUUAAAAUACACACGGGUGUAUAUACAACAUUCCGCAGCUGAUUAUUUUUAUUUCAAUUUAAAAACACAAAAGGAUGUUGCCUUGGAAAGUGUCUCUCAUUGACCUAAGACUCUUUCUUCCUAUAUAUAUACAUUUCCACACUCUCCUCUACUGUCAAAUCGAAUCCUUCCUUCUUUCAAUUAACCAUCUUCCUCCGAUCCUCUGUUCUCUAAUGGCCACGCCAAGCGAAACAUCAGCUCUUUUCUUCAUCAAGAAGUAUCUCCUCGACGAAUUAUCCCCGUUGCCUAAUGCCACCACUACCAAUCCAUGGGAAACCAGCUCCGAUUUUUCAUUCUUCGGUUCAUUUGACCAAACCGGUUUCGAUUUUCCUGAAUUCGAGACUAAACCGGAAAUAACCGAUACUCCACUUGCACCAAACGAUUCCUUCACGUUCCAAUCGAAUCCUCCGGUCGUCUCGCAAUCGAAUCGAAAACCGCCGCUGAAGAUCGCGCCGCCGAACAGAUCCGAGUGGAUCCAAUUCGCAGCCGGAAAGCCUCAGCGAGAACAGGUUCCCUUACCACAGGUGGCCGCGGAAGAGAAGAGGCACUACAGAGGAGUGAGGAUGAGGCCGUGGGGGAAAUUCGCGGCGGAGAUCAGAGAUCCGACCCGCCGCGGAACCAGGGUGUGGCUCGGGACGUUCGACACGGCGAUCGAAGCGGCGAGGGCUUACGACCAAGCGGCGUUUAGGCUCCGAGGAGCUAAGGCCAUCGUGAAUUUCCCGCUCGAGGUUGGGAUGUGGGAGCCACGCGCUGAGAAUGGUCAGAACAAACGGAAGCGAGACGGAGCUGAGGAGGAAGAAACGAGGGUUGUUGCGAAAGUUGUGAAGACGGAGGAGAGUCACGGCGUUGAGCAAGUGACGUCGAGUUUGACGGGGGUAGAUGACUGGGACUUGACGGAGUUUCUAAGCAUGCCGCUUUUCUCGCCGUUGUCACCACAUCCACCGUUUGGUUAUCCACAAUUGACUGUUGUCUAAAUGUCUGUUGGGUUCAGCUUGCUGUAUGCUGACGUGGAAUUACUACGGCGUACACGUGUUUUUUAUGAUCUCUUGAUUCUUUUUGUUGCACACACAUUCGGGAAAAUUUUAUUCAUUUAUUUGUUCUUUGUAUAAUACGACUUUCAAGUUUCAACAUGCAGUCAAUAAAAUCAUAUCGAAAUAACAUUUUGACUUUAGACUAUUAAUUCCCAACGUGACUGAAUUCAUUUUGAAAGAUGUAAAAUCUGUGAUUUCAAGUUACAAGCCUUGAGAUACAACAUCAUGAUGUUCUUUGUCUACUUCUUCUCAUCUUUGAAUUUCCCAUACUCUGCAAAAAUAUAAAACAAAAUGACAACGUAUAAUCACAGAUUUUACAUACCACUCAAAAGCCAACGUAUAAACAAAAUGGAACAUAUCAUUUUACAUACCAUUCUAUAUAGAUCUCUCUAUAUUUAUUGUGAUGCAUCUUAUGGAAAAUCUUAGUUUAUGUGAUUUGAGUUUUCUAGUUAGGUUGGUAUAAUCAAGAAAGAGCGAUUAAAACUUUUUUUUUCAUCUAUUGAUUAACAUUAACGCAAAUGGAAGUUUCAAGAUUACAUACACUAGAUAUCUAACUAAUACUAAAAGGGUUAUAUGAGGAGUAGGGAGGCUGUCCACGUCCCCAAAUAAAAUCGACCAAUAGGAGUUCAGAUUUCCGCCACGUCAGCCGCUUCUCCUAUGUCGUUUGGGCCUCGCGUUUCACCAGCCCGAUAGUGUUCAGAAUCGAGAAGCCCGUAUCGCGCUUCAUCUGCUUGAAACUCCACCGGCUCUGACGUAAUUGAGGUGUUAUAUUUUGUAUUCAUUGAAACCAUUAUUAAGAUUCGCCUUUAACUCUCUUCCAUGGAGUCGAUUUAAGUUACCCUUUCUUAAUUUCUUUAAUCUGUUCAAUUAUAAAAGGGUUGCAUAAAACUCAGAAUCUCACUCUUCACCAGAUUCAACCCUUCUGAUUCAUUACACAUACGGUAGUAAGGCAAUCUUCUGCGUUUCUUGGAAGUAUGAAAUUUUUUUAACUUUUUACGAUUCCUGUCUGCCUGCCGAAGCAGGAGACGAAGAGUACAAUAACAAUAUGUGGGGCCAUACACGGAUGCCUACCCUUCUAUGGUCUACUCAAACCAGGAUGACCUCAGCAGAUUCCAUGUUGCAUAGCAGAGAGGAUAUGGUGUAGCCUCAGAAUAUUUCCGGGAGAAAGAAAAGUAUUUACGAUCCAACUCAUGGGGUUUGCCUUUCGAGAGCCAAUGUAGCAAAAGUUUAUAGUGUUUUUUUUUUAAGCAUCCGGGAUAUAUCUGAUCCAUAUUCAACUAUAUCUCAGGGUUUAGCUAAAGUUUUGCAUCAAAAGGGGCUUUCUUAUGUUUCUUGAGAAGCAUCAUGAGCUCCAGUUUUGAAGUGAUGUUUUUUGUCUAAUCUUUGACAAAGUCUUGUGCUUAUUUUUUUGUUUGUUUUUGCAGUCUUAUGAAGAAUACGUUGAAAUCCACAGCAGGUGCAUGAGACAACUUGGUCUUUCUGUCAGUGAUUCCACAAUCACGUGCCUUCAAGUAAAACAGAUGAUGGGUAAGCUUAUGAUGAUGGUUAUACACGUAGGUGAUAUACAUAGCCUAAUACUUUAUUGUUUUAGAUUUAAACUUCCUUCAUGGUCAAAGAAAUGAAAUCAAUAUAUAACCACCUUAUAUACGCAUCAACGGCUAAAACGUGCAGUGUUUUUAAUGAGAUAUUGAAAACUCUUAAAAACCUAUGGUCAUGCUUCCACGAGGUUAAUAUGCAAAGGGUUGCUCCAAAGAGUUACCAGCAAGCUGCUGGAGUAGUCUUCGUUUCACAAAAGUUUUAGUUAACUUUUGCAUCGAUCAGGACCUGGGAAUCACCUUGGACAGCAAACUCAUGGCUUCUGGGCCAAGUCAGGGCUCUGUAGUAAUACACUCAACAAUUGUUUCAACCAGUUAAAUAUUUAAGAGGACAUGUUUUACAAGUUUGGAUAUUGCAUCAUCACAACUGCUCCUUGAUUUAACUCUCUAUCUCAGUGUGUUUGACGAAGAAGCCAACCGCCUUCACCCAAAGUUUCAAACGUUUGGGUUCGAAGGAAAAAUGGUUUUUUGUUAAUAAUAUUUUGAGGGUGUGUUGUGUUGUCUAAAUCUGGGAAUCAUCUGAUACUAAUUGACAAAUGGUUCUUCUAUAGGGAAGAAUCAUCUGAUACUAAUUGACAAAUGGUUCUUCUAUAGGGAAGUAGGAGAUGAGAAAUCCAUCUUGGAGCUUGAGUUCUUGAUCUGAUUCUUUCUGAUUGCUCAUGUUAAAUAAUUGCUCCGACAACUUCAUAGUUGGACGGUUCCUCCAACAUCAUCGCUGGAGUUUCCACCGGUUCCAUAAUUGGUGUCUACAACCCCUACGAGUCCAAUGAUAUUUCCACUCUUUGGUCAGAAGAAAAAAUACAUAUAAUAAACGCGUGACAACCUGGGCACAACUUGCUAGCAGCCGGCUACUGUAUAUACUCGAGCUCAGUUAUCUUUGUUCUUAUUCUAGGGAAAGACGUCUGCAAUGUACGGCGAGUUUGUCCUCACGCAAGAGAACAUCUAGAUCCCCAAAAUCAGGAAAAUAAACUCUUUCAGCAAAGGAAAGAUGUGGUACGAUAGUCUGGAGGAAGUACAUUGAUGAUCUCAAGGACCCUGGUCCAAGUGGGAAAUCUUACUCGCCAAGGUACAUUGGAAGUUUGGUCGUAAAUUUUCACAGGUCGUUGUUGUACAGUGGGAUUUACGGGUGCUGCCAAGAGCAGAAACAUAAUGCAUAAGCCCUUAGACUUCUAUUGUAAGCCAUUUUCUGACUACAUGGUACCUCUCAAAUUCCUAAUAGAUGCAUGACUUAUGCAAAUUCUAUUUUGUUAUCUAUGUCAAUAAAGAUAAAUCCGAUAUUUUACUA